GUAAGGGUUUCAUCCUCGGCAUAUGCAAUAGCACCCAAUGGACUCGCCGCGUAGCAUCGCCCUGCAGACCCUCCAGGCAAAGACGCCCGACCACGCCGAGGUCUUGGAAGAGAGCAUCUAUCGCUAUGCCACCACAACCUACAAGGGCGUGUGCAGCUGGAUCAACCCGCAGUUCCGAGACGCAUACAAGUCCCGCGCCAUCAUGAUGCUGUCGAACCUGGAGGCCAUCGUCGGCUUGCUCGACUCGGGUGUCAUUCAAGAUCCUUCCCGGCUGGAUGAUCUGACACACCAGAACCUUCGUCCAGACGCUUGGCUGGCACAAGACCAGGGGGUCACCGGCACGACGGCGGCAGCAGCGGCAAACGGCAAGUCCGGAGGAGCCGACGGACAGAUGAAAUGCACGGACUGUGCUCGCAUGGGCAGAGACUCAUACAACACCGAGUUCAUCCUGGCCCAGCAUCGCUCUUCGGACGAGGCCAGCACCAUAUACGCCCACUGUCUGACCUGUGACAAGCGGUGGAAGAUUAAUAAUUAAUAUAGCUAUUU